AUGUCGGUCUUAAUCGUCACCAGCGUGGGCGAUCUCGUUGUCGAUCUGCACACCGAUCAGUGCCCCCGAACCACCUACAACUUUCUCAAGCUCUGCAAGAUGAACUACUACAACGGGUGCCUGUUCCACAAGGUGGCCAAGGAUUUCGUGGCACAGACCGGGGACCCGACCGGGACCGGCGCCGGCGGCGAUUCCGUCUACAAGUUCCUCCACGGUGACCAGGCUCGGUUUUUCAACGACGAGAUCCACCCGGAACUGAGGCAUUCAAAGAUCAGCACCGUCGCGAUGGCAAGCGCCGGCAAAAACCGCAACGCCUCGCAGUUCUACAUCACGCUGCGGGACGACGUGGAAUACCUCGAUGAUAAACACACUGUGUUUGGGGUAGUUGCUGAAGGUGAAGGUCUUGACACACUGACGGAGAUAAAUGAAUCAUAUGUUGAUGCUGAUGGGAGGCCAUUCAAGGACAUAAGGAUUAAACAUACUUAUGUGUUGUAUGACCCUGACGAUGAUCCUGCUGAGCUUGCUGAGCUUGUUCCUCCAAAUUCGCCCAUUGGAAAGCCGAUCGACGAGAUUGCAGAGGAGCGCUUAGAGGAUACUUGGGUCCCUCUCGAUGAAACAGUGGACCCUGCGCAGCUUGAGGAGAUGAUCCGCUCUAAAGAAGCACAUACGAAUGCCAUGAUCCUUGCGAGUAUCGGAGACAUUCCAGAUGCCGAGGUCAAGCCACCAGACAAUGUCUUGUUUGUUUGUCAACUCAACCCAGUGACACAGGAUGAGGAUCUGUAUACAAUCUUUUCUCGUUUCGGAACCGUGACAUCGGCCGAAACAAUCCGCGACUACAAGACUGGUGACAGCCUGUGUUAUGCUUUCGUUGAGUUCGAGGCAAAGGAAGCCUGCGAGCGUGCACACAGGGAUAUGAACAAUUGUCUGAUUGAUGACCGAAGGAUUCAAGUUGAUUUUAGUCAGAGCGUUUCAAAGUUGUGGCGACAGUUCAGACAGGGCACGCGGAAUGCAAGUAAAGAUGGGUGCUUCAAAGGUCAUGCCCCUGACUACCAAGCCCGAGAUCUGGAUAAGGGUUUUGAGAAGAAAAACAAGGACCGAGAUUAUGUUCUGAAAGAUGAAAACACUCAGCGAGGUGGCAGUAACCGUCGCAGUUAUGAUUUAGUCUUUGAUGAGGACGGUGCUAGUGCUGGUAAUAAGCAAGAUCGUCGAAAUGGCGAUCGAAGAAAGGCCCAGAAAUUGGCUGAUUGGCGAUCAGAGGUACCACACAAGCGUGAUCGUGAUAGGAACAACAGGGAGAAACUCCAUACUAGCAAGGAAGGGGGGCGGAGGCGCGAUGACCACAUCAGUUACGAUAGAUCUAGUGAUCGAAGCUAUAGUAGGCGCAACAAUCGUGACUAUAGCGGCAAACAGCAGAGCAAGAGCAGACGUAGGGAUGAUUUUUAA